AACUAUUCACUUUCAGAGAAAGAAGAAAAGCAGAGGAAAAAAGCCACAUCUCCAAGAGGCUAAGGGACACAGCAUUCUAAUAGCCUGGGAGGUGUUCAGAAAGAAUAUCAGCAAGUCCCACGUUCAUCUGGGGCUCAAACUGAAGAAACAAGAGUAAAAGCAAUAUGCCAUCAAAGAAUGGCCUCCUUUUUGUAAAUGGGCCUCCAGAAAAGUCCCAAGGAAACUCACCCAUAGAAUCCACUUCGAAGUCCCAGAGAUUGUCCUGAGCCUUGAUGGUCAGCUCUGGCUUCUGUCUGGAAAUCAGACUUUCUCCAAGCCUUCCGUCAUACCAGAGAAAUGCGUGUGGCAGUGGUGACAGCAGAAGUGGUAUUGCUCCUAAGUAUGGUGUGGACAUCAGACUCUCUCUGCUCUCCCACAGUCUUUUACAGAGGUUGCUGGAUUCGUCGCUUCCCAGGUCUUCUAAUUGACCUGGAGGAGUCUCAGAAGCUAGGAGCCCAGUUCUUGAAAUAUUACUCUGAAAGCACCGGCCAGAAGUGCAGUAGGAGCUGCUGCCUUAGGAAAGAUGUUUCCUGUAACGUGGCCGUCUUCUACCACGAUCCUAUUCAUGACAACGUCAACUGCCUUCACAUCCACUGCCCGACGCUGGAGAGCUGCAUAUUAGAGCCGGGAGCCAGUGCCAUCUUGUACAACCUAACAGACGGUAUAGAUCCAGACUUGCUGGUUUUUGAACAGUCACCUCUCACGUAUCUAAAUACCCGUUCCUCAUCUAACAGGUGGGACAGACUAAGGAUUCUAAAAGCUAUGCAUUUAGAUAAGCAAGCCACCACCAUAAACCAUAUGCUGCUGUCCACAGAGGCUUCGCCGCCAACCACGCACCCAGGUUUGGCUGGAAACACAGACAACGCCAGUUAUUCCAAAGAGUUAACCACACAGUUGGGGGCAAGAUUCAUUUCUCUAAAUGACCCCAUUACCACGAAAGUAAAUACGGUGUCACCAAGUACUGAUUUCAUCAACAAUCCAAACAAGACGAUUUCUCCUUUUUUUGUGCCCAUAGACACAAAACUUUCUCAUGUGCCUCUUUCGUCCCGACUCAACAGCAGCAAACAACUGCUGAACAAAACCAAGGGGCACGACAGCAGAAACCGCACAUUUGAGGACGAUGAGACCCGUGAUGGGGCGUCUGUGACUUCAAAGGUCUGGCUGGUUCCUGCGGCCCUCUGUGCGUCUGUCAUCGUCCUUGGCUGCUGCAUAGUCAUCCUGUUAUCUGGAUGCUGUCAGCAGCAGCAGGGACAGUACAAACUAGGAAAGAGAGUGAGGAUCCAAGCAAAUUCAAAAACAUAGCCUUCUGAGAGAACUCUUAACAAUCACAGGUGAGACUAAGCUUUCAAGGGCUUUGUUUUUAGCUUUUUUGUAAAAUAAGGGCAGUUUAGUUACAGAUUGCUUUUUUUAAAAAAAAGACUAAUGCUUGAUAAACACAAUCCCUUUUUCAAACUUUUUUUUUUUUUGAGUAGUGUUCUCUUUGCCACAGUUCCAACAUUCUGACCCCUCAAGCACCAUGCGAAAGAGAUUCCAAGUGCGUCAGGGGCAUUUACGCAUUGACCGCUUACAACUCUGCGAGUCAGGUAUACUAUUACUAACUUACACUACUACUGUCACACCCUACAGAGGAGAAAAUGAGACCAAGAGAGUUCAAGCAUCUUGCCUAGUCACACGGCUAGUAAGCAGGCAAGCCAGGACUUAAUUAAAUAUGCAAUUUGUUUAAAAUGUCCACACUUAAAUCACUUCAAGACAAAGAGCCUCCUUUUUUCCAGUAAGCAUGAAAACAAGAAUGGAAGAAAAUACCUUAACAUCAUCCUAUUUGUCUCAGUCAAGGUCAAAUUAUUGUCAUAUACAUGAAUGAAAUUGGGUUAGCACUAUUAGUUACCCAGAAGCAAAUGCUUCCUGAUUGUUUAUUAUUUUUGGCAUAGGGUACAUGCACUUGCUGUGGAGA